AUGGUUCACUUAGCCCAGGUGACGAAAGACCCUCACAAGGGCGAGAGCAGUGAAUUUGGGGCUCCAAGACGCCGGGCUUCGGUGGUUCCUGGUCUCGAGCAUAUCUCUCUUGAGCCUCCCGGGGAAGAUGAGUUCUCCACCUCCGUCUAUGGCUCCCGCUUCGCUGCAGAGGAUCUUCCAUCACACGAGAUCCCUGAGAAAGAGAUGCCAAAAGAGAUUGCGUAUCGUAUGAUCAAAGAUGAGCUCAGUCUUGACGGCAAUCCUAUGCUGAACCUGGCAAGCUUUGUCACCACAUUCAUGGAAGAGGAAGCCGAGAAGCUCAUGACCGAUGCAUUCUCCAAGAACUUCAUUGACUACGAAGAAUACCCCCAGUCGGCCGAGAUUCAGAACCGUUGCGUCAAUAUGAUUGCCCGUCUCUAUAACGCCCCGGAGGCUGAGGAUGGGAAAAACGCAAUGGGAACCUCCACAAUUGGGUCAAGUGAGGCCAUCAUGCUUGCUGUCCUGGCCAUGAAGAAGAAGUGGGCAAACAAGCGCAAAGCCGAAGGAAAGGAUUUCUCAAAACCCAACAUCGUGAUGAACAGUGCCGUCCAGGUGUGCUGGGAGAAGGCGGCUCGCUACUUUGACGUUGAGGAGAAAUAUGUGUACUGCACCGAGGACCGCUAUGUUAUUGACCCGGAGGAGGCUGUCGAGUUGGUCGAUGAGAACACUAUCGGUAUCUGUACCAUUCUCGGCCUGACCUAUACCGGCGAGUACGAAGAUACCCAGAUGAUCAACGACCUUCUGGUCGAGAGAGACAUUGACUGCCCAAUCCACGUGGAUGCAGCGUCUGGCGGCUUUGUUGCUCCUUUUGUCAAUCCCAACUUGGUCUGGGACUUCCGACUGCCCAAGGUUGUCAGCAUCAAUGUCUCGGGUCACAAGUAUGGUCUGGUCUACCCUGGUGUCGGCUGGGUUGUCUGGAGAUCACCUGAGUACUUGCCCAAAGAACUGGUCUUCAACAUCAACUAUCUCGGCGCUGACCAAGCUUCCUUUACCUUGAACUUCAGCAAAGGAGCUAGCCACGUCAUCGGCCAGUACUAUCAAAUGAUCCGACUUGGCAAGAGAGGUUACCGCAGCAUCAUGCUCAAUCUCACCCGCACGUCUGACUACCUGGCUGCGCAGCUGAGAGCGCUAGGCUUCAUCAUCAUGUCGCCUGGCGGUGGCCGAUCACUUCCUGUGGUUGCAUUCCGUCUCGACCCCGACAAUGAACAGAUGUUUGACGAAUUCGCCAUUGCCCACCAGCUUCGAGAACGUGGCUGGGUUGUCCCUGCCUACACAAUGGCCCCCCAUAGCGAGGGCCUCAAAUUGAUGCGUGUUGUGGUCCGUGAGGACUUUAGCAAGCAACGCUGCGAUUCUUUGGUCGCUGAUGUCAAGAUGGCGUUGCAAGUGCUCGGAGAGAUGGACAAAAAGACAAUGGAGCGUUACCAAGAACACGUGAAGAAGCAUCACACCAAGACCGGGAGGAGUGGUCACAAUGCCAGUACCUACAAAGAUGAGAAGCAUUCUCUUCAGGGCAAGCAUGGGAAGACCCAUGCUAUCUGCUAA